AUUUCAGGUUUUACAAUGGUUGAUACCGAAAUGCCGUUUUGGCCCAUGAACUUUGGUAUUAGCCCCGUCGAUCUUUCUACAAUGGAUGAACACUCCCAUGCAUUUGACAUAAAGCCCUUCAGCACCGUUGAUUUUUCCAGCCUUUCUUCUCCACAUUAUGAGGACCUCCCUCUUGCAAGAACUGACCAGAUAGCCCUUGACUAUAAAUAUGAUGUGAAAUUUCAAGAUUGUCAAAAUGCAAUUAAAGUGGAACCUCCGUCUCCACCAUAUUUCUCAGAAAAACUUCAGAUGUACAGUAAACCUCAUGAAGAAGCCUCUAGUUCUCUCAUGGCUAUUGAAUGCAGAGUGUGUGGGGACAAAGCUUCUGGGUUUCAUUAUGGAGUGCAUGCAUGCGAAGGUUGCAAGGGUUUCUUUCGUAGAACAAUCCGUUUAAAAUUAAUAUAUGACCGAUGUGACCUCAACUGCCGCAUUCAUAAAAAAAGUAGAAAUAAAUGUCAAUAUUGCCGAUUCCAAAAGUGCCUUGCAGUCGGAAUGUCGCAUAAUG